AUGAACAAUAUCACAACUUCGGAUUACAGUAGCGGAAGCGAAUCGGGAUGGACUACGUACUGGGCGCAACUAUCCGAUUCCGUUUAUUCGAAUUACGACGAAAAUAUAUCAGCACACAAUAUUGUGAACAAGUAUGGUGGUGUUGAUAAUGAUGAUAAUCUAUCCAUGCUCUCAGACGCAUCAUCAGGGCCCAGACAAAAGAUGAACGAAGACAAUUGUUCUUCGUUUUCCGGAAGUAAAAAGUCGAGCAAUCGUAAAAACAAGACCAGAGAGGAUGAGAAGCAUAAUAGCCAUUUUUGUCUGGAUGACACUGCCACUUCAACAUUCCUUCAUUUUGAGAGGGAACCUUCACCAAAGCAGCACUUGGGAUAUACCAAGCCUUCCACAAAAGGGAAAUCAGGUGUGAAUGCUAAAUUUUUGUCAGGGGGCGUGCGGGGACGAAAGAUGCAGUAA